AUGCAAUUGACACCUACCAGGAUCUCCGAACUCGAGCUAGCUAGCGAUCCAGAUUACCAUUAUGGCUCUGCGCUUCAAAAGAGCUCUAGUUUUCUCGGAUCUACGGCAUCUCCAAAUGUUUGCACAGCUAUCUUCACCGGUAACUCGGGGGUUGGAGCUUCAACCACACGUUUAACUGUCUCGAACGCCUCCAUACCACCCCUGACACCCUCAAUCUAUGCGACGCCUCGGCGACUGUCGUCCUUCCCUCUUCCUGUCACUACCACGGCCUGUUUGCAAGCUAAAACACUUGAGCAAACACAAGUAGAGCCAACACAUGCACCGGCUCCUUCUAUGUCCAGAUUGGCACAUGCCGCUCUCACUUCUUUGCUAAUCAGCCUCGGAGAUCGAGCUUUCUUGAACCAAUUUCCGGGUAAGGCUGCCAUAAAUUCGACAAAACCUGAAGCCAGCCAGCAGCAUCGCAAGUAUAAGCCAACCUGCAAUGAAGCUGCUGCUUUUACUUCUGGCCAAAUAGGCAAUAUUUUAAAUUUGCAUGCCCACCUUUCAAAUCAUUUGGAUACUAAGUUCAUGACACCAGCCUCUUCAAGUGGCCCGAGCAGUAGUGACAGUACCCAAUUGCUGAUGACUCCAUGCUUCCCUGGGUUUAGCUCAGCCACUCAGGAUUCAGAGGACCUCCUGCUUAAUAAAACUCAUGUCAUUAUUGAGGGUCCUAUUCUUUAUAGCCGGGCACCUAUCCAUCUCUCCUUACCCCAACACCCUAGCAAAUCUGAUCAUGCGCAGAGUUCGUGCUCUGUUGGUGUAGGUUAUUUUGGAAAUGAACAACCUCCUCUUCCUACUCGACUAACAUCCUCUGAGAGAAUUGAACCCGAUUAUUCUUCUAAAGUUGCUGAAUCCUCCUCGUCUGUUUUGAAAACUAGGGUUCCCUCACCACCCCCUAGGAUCACCGUACCCGUUUCUAACUGUCAUUACGUAUCUGGUUUAUCCACGACUACUCUGGAUAAAAACAAUGUCGGCGAAACUUUGACCUCCAACCACCUUCAGCCUUGUUCCUUUGCUACCAGCACUACUUCCACAGGACUUUCUGUUACGAGAAACCUCAUUUUAUCCCCUUAUUCUGCUUCUUUAAUCACACAUUUCCCCGCUGCUUCUCCCCCUUUAUCUUCCUUACCUUUAUUACCAUGCGUAAACGUUACUCCCUUACUAAAUAAUUCUCAAGCCUCCACAGGCCAAUUGCCUAUGCUACUCAAUUUCGUUUCCACAAGACCGUCUUCCACAAAUAUGGAUGUACAUCCACUUAAUGAACAGCCGCAUAUGGCCUCUUCCUGUUCAAGACAAUGGCCUGAUGUUCCAGAAUCUAUAGCUACCUCACGAUUUAACUCUCAUGUACAGGUGCAGCGACCGCUACCUGCUUCAUUUCAUGGUGAUGCC